GCCGACCUGGUAUCCCACUGGCACGCCCGCAAGCGCGAGACCACCUUUUUCCGACGCCUCGGCAUGCACAGCCUAGAGGUCGUUGGCCUUGCCGCCGCCAUGCUCGUCAUCCCCCUCACCAUGCACCGUGCAGUCCAAGGCUUUGACGACAUGUACGAGAUGGUCGGGCGGAGAUCAAAGUCGCCGUAUGCCCGCAUGUCAUGGGUGAACAUCAUGUUUGCGGCAAUAAUCAUGGUGGGGUGGCACCUGUGGCUCGGCAGGCUGACGUACUUGACGGUACUCGAGGGCGGAGAAGACGACCAAGAGCAUAGUGACGCAGACGCAGACGCUUCUAGCUCCACUGAUAGACGCAGCGCCAAUUUGGAAACAAGAGCGAUAUCGUGGGGUCGCCUGCUUGGCCGCCUCUUCAUCCCUCUCCUUCUUGGCGCUCUGGGGUUGCACUUUGGCUACCGUCUUCUCCUCCGAGCAACCGUAGAUCCACGACCACUCAUCACCAGAAACGACGUUGACAUGCAGGAAGCCAUGGCACAGCUAUACGGGUUAUCAUGAGAAUGUACCACAAACGCAAUCCAUGUUAUAGACGUUGGGAUCAACAGACACGUUUGCAAUGACUAAACACCACGCCUACUAGCAGGGACAUGCUACAACUCAACCACGCCCGAGACCCAUCCACCAACCAUUCCCUUGCGCAUCCUCGUCUCCAUCCGCACGCCAUUGUCACACGCACACGACAUUACACGACAUGCACACCACACGCGUAUCAGUUCUUCUUCUAGAACCACCACGCACACUUCCAUGCAGCAAGCAUACACAAUCUACAUAAGCGCGCCACACACGGGAUCCA